UCUUUUGUUCGUUUCUAUCCACCAUGAAAUACGCCUUGAUUGCUCUCGCCCUCUGUGUGGCCUCAGCGGCUGCUGCCUCUUCCGCUGGACAGUUCGUGCCCCGCGCCUUCUUCACUCUGGACUCCCAGGGCCGCCAGUCGGACGUGCAUCCCGUCAGUGAACGUCUGCUGAGGCGUCUGCGUCGCGACGUCUUCAGCUCUUCGUCCUCGUCUUCGUCGUCCUCCUCCUCGUCCGGCAACGGCGGCAGCAUCACCUUCGCCUCCCACUCCAUUCAUAAUCCCGAUGGUUCCGGACACAUCGGCACCUCCUACACCCAGCAGGCGGCUCCAGCUUCCCUGGGCGUGAACCUUGAGAGCCGUUUCGGCGAGGAUUCGUCUACUGGUGCCUACAAUCCCUCGUAUACCGGAUAUGGCAGCACCACCGGCUCCCAGCAGUCGUACGGCAGCAUCGUGCCCGCAACCCAGAUCCAGCAGACCAUCAGCACCUUCGACGCCUCUGGCAACCAGAAGGUGACUACCCUCCAGGGAGCCACCGACCACACUGGCGUCCUCAAUGUGAAGAAGACGGAGAUCCAGUAUCCCGCCAACUAAGGGGAGUCCUGAAUAUAUAUAUAUAUAAGUAUAUAUAUACGAGUGUUAACUGAAAAAAGAGGAAAACCGAGUGGAGUAAAGAUGAAUAAAGUAAAGUAAUAUAAUAAUAAA